CUGCAGGUUUAUAAGCCUGAUCACAUCCUUUAUGAGACUCAGUUCAACACUUCACUGGUCAGGAUCAGCACCGAGCGGAAGAUGGCGAGCAGCAGUGUACCCACAGGCAGCAAGAGGCCCAGAGACCCCUCUGUCCAGGGGUCAAACAUCAAGUUUUUAAUUAAUAUACCUGUGAAGGUGGAUUCAGUGGAUCAGGCACAGAAGAGGUGUGCUUAUCUACUCGAUAAACUUAGUGAAGGCUUCACAGAAGAGGAUAUUCAAAGUAUGGAGAAGAACGUACAGGUAGCUGUGAUUUUUGGCCUGAAUGGGAGAUACAGCCAACAACUAGCUCAGGAUCUGGAGAAGCUCAAGUCGUUCAAACAUGAUUGUAAACCUGUGAAAAUCGAGCAUAAAAUCAUCACGUACACCUGGGGAGAAGGUGGGACAAUAGCUCCAAAAGCGACCACGCCACCGUACCGGGACAUUCGAGAGCAUCUGAAAAAUCACCCUGAUACAGUACAGCUUGUGAAAUGGUUGAGGGGGAGCGAUCAGACGUGUCUAGUUUACUUCAGCUUCAUUGACAGUGACACAUUCAAGUUCAACUCCAUCUACAGUGAAUACUUACAAAUUGUGAGAGACGAGCUGAGGAAAGACUCCAUCCCACCCACUGUGAUGUCGACCGGUUAUGAGUUUACCCAUGACAGUGUACAUUUCAUUGCGAGUUGGCUGGACCGUGAGGUGCGUGUUGCAGUGGCAGAGGUUGAGCCUCUCUUUGUGUACUAUCCAGAACCCAACUUCUGUGUUCUAGUGGAAAAUGGAAUCAACACCAUAAAGGAGAGCUUCAUCACCCAGGAAAGGAAGGGUGACACGAUGGAGUCAGCAGUUCUGAUCGCGCAGGUCAAGAACCGUAAAGAUUUUAAAGCUGUGUUUCCCCAAAAAAAGCCCAUCAUCAUCAUUGCACCUGAGAGAUUCAAGCUCAAGGACAAAGAAGGCUUAAUAACCGGACAGUCGCAUCUGGAUGGGAUGAAUUUGGCAACUGCUGCAAACGCUAAUAGGCUUUUCACAAUACAACAAGCAGAGAUAGGAGUUUUUGGCAAAUUCAGAGGGUUCAUUAUGAAGUUAUAUAAUUGUGAAGAUAAAGAUUUUGAAAAACUAAGCAAGGAUUGGCCCAUUGACUUAGAGGAAGAAAAGAGAAAAAAACUAGUCGAAGCCAUUAGAGGAGCGAGAGAAUACAAAAAGUUUAUUUAUGAAUUUAAUGAAAAGCUCCCUAAUGAAAGGUUCUAAAUGUAAUUUCUACCAGCUGUGAUUCAGCCCAGAAAAUGAUUUAAUGCCAAGACACCUUUACAUCAAAUCAUUUAUAUACUGUACAGUAUAUAGACUUGUGUGACAUUUAAAUGAUGAUGGUAAUUUUGAUUUAUUAUCUGUAUGUAAUAACCCAGUUUAUUUCCUGCUGAGAAUCACACUAACGGUAUAUAAUAACAGGGUACACGGCCUAUUUCAUGGUCAUGGUCUAUUUCUGAGAUUAAAUCAGCUAAUGUUAGUCAUAAGUACAUAAGAUUAAAUAUUCUAAUGUCAUACAUUAAUAUUCACGUUGUUUUUAAUAAAUCUAUUCCUGUAAUCUACACAUUGGUUUGGGGGAAGUGGAUUGUAGUCCUGGAUUCUGAAGCUACUGGUGUUUUAAUGACUGAGGUCUAAAUAUGAAAGAUUUCCAGAAUGUUCCUAACAGGUUAAAAUAAUUUCUUUGUUAUUACUAAACAUGACUGAUGUUUUAACAUUUUACAUUUAAAUAAA